AUGGUGAGGAGCGGUCGAAGCAAAAGCAGCCGUCAUAGCCAUAGUGGUCGUGACUCCGACGACGGUUUUUCCGGUGGAGGCCGCAGUAAGAAGAGGAGGUCUGGUAGAAACAUCACAGAAGAGGAAAUCGCAGGGUAUAUGGCCAAGAAAGCUCAAAAGAAAGCGAUGCGAGCUGCGAACAAAUUGAAAGAGCAAACAGUGUGGGGUUAUUCAAAUGAUUCAAACCCUUUUGGUGAUUCCAAUCUCAGCGAAAAAUUUGUGUGGCGGAAGCAAAUCGAGCGUGAUAUUGCCCAAGGAGUACCGUUGGACAGUUUUUCAGUGAAAGCCGAGAAGAAGAGACAGAAAGAGAGAAUGGGUGAGAUUGAAAAGGUUAAAAAGAGAAGAGAGGAAAUGGCAGUUGAGAGAGCACAACAUGAGGAAGAAGUGGCUUUGUUGGCUAGAGAAAGUGCUCGAGCUGAGUUCCAAGAUUGGGAGAAGAAAGAGGAGGAGUUUCUUUCUGAUCAAAGCAAAAUCAGAUUAGAGAUCAGAAUGCGUGAAGGCCGUACAAAGCCUAUUGAUGUUUUGUCCAAGCACCUUAGUGGCUCAGAUAAACCGCCAUACAUGGUUUUCAAGGGCUUGACAGUCAAAGAGAUGGAAGAGCUUCGUGAUGACAUCAUAAUACAUCUUGAUUUGGACAGGGCAACUCCAACACACAUAGAGUACUGGGAGGCACUUUUGGUGGUAUGUGAUUGGGAGUUAUCCGAAGCCCGGAAGAAGGAUGCACUUGAUCAAGCUAGGGUGCGUGGGGAGGAACCUCCAGCUGAGUUGCUGGCUGAGGAAAGACGUGUGCCUUUUAGUAUUGAAGCAGAUGUCAAGAAUCUCUUGGAAGGAAAGACCCAUCGUGAGCUGGAGGGAUUGCAAUCCCAGAUUGAGUCACAGAUGCGUACUGGCAUGGCAAAGGUUGUUGAGUAUUGGGAGGCUGUUCUUAAACGCCUUCAUAUAUUCAAAGCAAAGGCCUGUUUGAAGGAAAUACAUGCUAAAAUGCUGAGUACACAUUUACAACGCCUUGAGCAACCUUCAGGACUGGAAUCUGAUCAUGGUUUAGGACCUGGAGAGGAGAAUAGUGAUCAUGAUGUGAAAGAUGCUGAAAGAUUUUCGCCACAACCCGUGGAACAAGAGUCUGGAUCAUUUUCACCCCAACUGUUGCAUGGUGAUGAAAAUCAUGAAGAAGCUAUUGACCCUGAAGAGGACAGGGUUAUACUGGAGCAGCAAAGACGGAUACGAGAGGAUAACUUUGAGCUAAAAGCCAUGAAAGCUAUGGGAGCAAUGGAGGAGGGAGAUGCAGUAUUUGGCUCUGGUGCCCAAGUAAACUUGGACUCACAAGUGUAUUGGUGGCGUGACAAAUACCGACCUAGAAAACCAAAAUAUUUCAACCGUGUUCACACUGGAUAUGAGUGGAACAAGUACAACCAGCCCCAUUAUGAUCACGACAAUCCACCUCCCAAAAUUGUGCUAGGAUACAAGUUUAAUAUCUUCUAUCCAGACCUCGUCGACAAGACAAAGGCUCCUGCAUAUACUAUUGAGAAGGAUGGAAAUAGUUCUGACACAUGCAUCACAAGGUUCCAUGCUGGGCCACCCUACGAGGACAUUGCUUUCCGGAUUGUAGACAAAGACUGGGAAUAUUCUCAUAAGAAAGGAUAUAAAGCCACAUUCGAACAUGGAGUUUUGCAUUUAUAUUUUAACUUCAAGCGCUAUCGCUACCGUAGGUGAUAUAUAUCUUGUGGUGAUAGUUGGCUUGAGUUGUGCUCUAUGAAUAUUGUGGCAUCUUGUUAUUUGUUACUCCCGACUCAAAAAUUAGUUAGUCAUAGAUUUUCAAACAAGAGGCGAGUAAAUUGUUCUUAAUUAGAAUGCAGCAGCCCUCUUGCAAAGGAGGGGGUGCAAUUCACCUGAGAUGUUUUUCAUUAGGCCACUAGAGGAAACUAAUUUAGUUAAAUUAUUUGGUAAACUCUUGUACUAGGUCAAAUGUGCAUUAAUUUAUGCCUUAUCCUAAUUUAGAACAUGUUUGUUGAAAGGCAGAUGAGUAUUAUUGAUAUACCAGAGCAAAAGCAGAACAAUUGGAAAAUACA